AUGAUUGUACCAAUUAUUGUUCGAAUGGCUAUGAUUAUAGAAGUUACUAAUGAACCACUCAAUAGUGAAACUAAUAAUGAUAAAAAUUCACUAAUAUCACAGUUAUCCACAAAGAAAAAAUCAUAUAUUCACGAACAUCCAAUUAUAAAAGAAUUUAUUACAAGUGGUUUAAGUGUUUCUGUAGCAAAUAUUGUUACAUUACCGAUUGAUGUUUUAAAAGUACGUCUUCAAUUAGCUAAUGCAGCCAUGACAACAUCAAAAUCAACUAUGAAAGCAGGUCUUAUAGAAACAACACGACUAGUCUAUCAGAAAGAAGGUAUUCGUGCAUUUUAUUCGGGUCUUAUGCCAGCAAUUGUUCGUGGACUUUUUUAUGGUGGUGUACGACUUGGUGCUUAUGGACCAAUAAAAAAUAUGUUAAAGCAUUUUGUGGGAGAUGAUAAACACGCAACAAUAAAAAUUUUUCGUGAUAUUACAGCUGCUUGUUUAUCAGGUUCAAUAGCUGCUAUUAUAUCGAAUCCAGUUGAUUUAUGUAAAACAAAAUUACAAGCAAAAAAUUCCAAAUAUACAUCAUCUUUUCAUGUCAUAAGAGAUGUUAUGCAACAAUAUGGAAUUAAAGGUUUAUGGGUAGGAACCGUACCAGCAGUUUUUCGAACAGCUGCUUUAACAGCUACACAAUGUGUAACUUAUAAUCAUGCUAAACGUUUUUGGAGUGAAUUAACAGGUUGGGGUGAAGGUAUUAAAUUACAUUUAGGUGCUUCAUUAAUAACUGGACUUGUUACAACAACAAUUACAGCACCACUUGAUACAAUCAAAACAAAUAUGUAUGCAGCUGGUCGUUAUGGUUUUACUGAACUUACAAAUAAAAUUGUUAAUAAAGAAGGUUUUCGAGGAUUAUUACGGGGUUGGUCGGCAGCAUAUGUACGACUUGGACCUCAAACAGUCGUCAUAUUUCUUGUCAUGGAAAGACUGCGCCAAUUUUCUGGUCUUUCUGCAUUAUAA